CAGUAAUCCAUGAACUUUCAGUGCUGCCAAGUUAAAUCACGAGAUCAUGGGCUCUUUCAACAAAAAAAGAGUAGUUUCGAAUCAUAUUAUCUAUAAUACAUUGUCCCAGGAUGUCCAUUUCUUUGAAAGUGCGUGGUGAAAGCAGGAAUUUGGAAGUACAUUAUCUUCCAGCUAAAAUAGAUGGAGAUGGGAGAACUGAUGUAUCAAACUAUUUCAGUUCGUAUACACGGGUAGGUCAAGGCAACUUAUUGGCAAAUGCUAUUCGUGGUUUUCCGCUAAAUGGAGAAAUUGUUGAAGUACCAACAACCCAUAGCUCAUAUGUUUUACAAGAAACUGAGUUUUCGAAUACUGAAAAAUCGCGCAAUAUAUAUGUGACUGGUAGUUUCAAUAAUUUCUAUUAUUGGAAUUACGAUAAAAUGCCAAGCAAUGCAGAUGCAUACAAACAAGCUUUACAUUUAUUCAACAUAUCCAAAGAGUUUUCUGAACCAGUAUCUGAAACGGAUAUUCAAAUUGAAAUUGAGAAUAGGAGAAAAAUAUAAAAAAAACACUAUAUAAAGACUUUUAAUAAAAAUUGAAUUUAAUACUAGAAAUUAGAUUGUUAUGGAAAAUGGUGUCUACUCAUCUGCGUCAGCAAAACGCUCAUCAUUUAAAUUUAAAUUACGUAUACCUCCUUGGGCGUCUUCAGCGUCAUCUCUAGCACCAUUUCCAACAAGUACGGGGACAUUUUCAAGAUUAGUUCCGUCGUCAUCAUCCAUAAAAUCACUUUCUUCAGAAAGACUGUCAGCAGAAUCUGGAUGAAGGGCUUGGCACUCGGUCAUUGCCUGAAAUAUAAUAUCAACAGUAUUCACGUCAUCUGGAAGAAUCCAACAUUCAGUCAAAUGAUCAUCAGUGAUAUCGCCUUCAUCAUCAGUAACAUUCCCCUCAUCCACAUCACCAUUUCUUUCAUCAUCUAACUGUUGUUGCAUAGGAAUAAUUUCUCCAUUUAUCUGGUGCAAAAUUUCUGCGCCAUCAACAUUGCCAUUCAGAUUAAUAUUUGGAACAGACGCUCGCGUUUCUUUAUCGUAUACACCUCGCCACUCAAGAUUAUGAUCUAACAUAAAAUAUAUACAUUUGCUUGGUAUAGAUGAUAUCCCAUGCACGCUGAUUUGUUUCCAUAGUAUGGAAAUACCUUCACUCAUAUUUUCUGCCUGCCAUCCAAAAGAGCUAAUAAAUACAAAUAUACAUAUGUACAUACUUAUUGUUCAAUACGCCAAAUUUAUUUCACUAUUACUUUUGGCUUAUAUAUAAUGUUCCUUUUCCAACAAUUUUUUCUCCUAUUUUCAACUUGGUGUUAUUAGCAGUGUAAAUUAGACCAUCUUGAGGUGGAUUUAUAUGCGCAAUUAAAGCCAUUGCUUCCAAUUAAUUCUGCUUAAAAUAAAAUACCUUAAAAACUUGCAAUGCCGGCAUUUACAAGAUAUUUCUUAUUGUCUACAGAGGCAAUAGUAAAUAACUCGAUCAUCUUAGUAUAUAUUGCUUAUAUUUAAUAGUUAUUAGCGAAAUUAUCAUGAUAACUAUUGCCGGCAAUAAAUGUCAAUUAAAGUAGCCAUACACGAUACACUAGUGUUUUCGAAAGGUAUGAAAUAUUUUCAUUAUACACGACAUACAGAUCAUUGUUCUUAUAAAAUUAUUAUUAUAACAUUUUUAUGCAUUUGAUUGCAUUUUGAUAGUAACAUAAAUUAUCUCAGCAUUUAUUUUUUUCUAUCAUAUUGUACUCUAAAUUUGUCAUAUGUUUCCAAAUGAGUAAUUGUGUGCACAUAAGCUCAUACACGAUUUACUUGUGUGCACACCGAUCGUUAAAAAUAAAAAAUUUUUUGCCAACAUGCAUUCUUAUGUACACAUACAUGAGUAAUGGCCAAUUAACAUAGAACUUUUGCUUCGCUUUGCGUCAGACUUUUGUUUUGACAGAAAAGUUCGAAGCACGCUUUUGUGUGAGUACGUCCACAUAAAAAGUUAUCGACGCGAAACCGAGCAAAAUGUUGAGCAAUUCUCACAAUUUUACGCUUAGCCAAACAAUUGCUGUUAACAGUCGCCAUUUUUAUUAGAGAGAAACACUGAAAGCAAAGCGUUCAUUGUGGCAUACCCUUUGUUUUCAUUCACUUCAUUGUUCCAGUAUAAACUGUCACUCCUUAAAUCUUACUUGAGUACAUAUCAAUCGAAUGCACAUGUAUGUAGUGUAUGGCUUAUUUUAGGAAUUUAACAUGUUUGUUCUCAUUUCUACUACUACUGAAUUACUUGCAAUUGAUUAGGAGCUACUAUCUCUGGCAAAGAAAAAGUCUAGAACGAAUUCGACUCAAGUUAAAGCUGCAUCAUUGUCUGGAUCGGAUUCUGACUCAGACUGGGCGCAGGGGGCAAGUACCUCCACUGCUGCAAAAAAGACACGCAUAAAAAAAGUUAACAAGGAAUCAGAUUCAUCGGAUUCAGAAGAA